CUAGGUUCCUUACAGCCUGCUGAAAAAUCAAGCUAAUUCGUAAGCUUUCAACCCUUUUUUCUUUUUUUUUAAAGGAUGCAAACUUUUGCAUGAGUGAGUAGGUUCCUUAUAGCUCUGCUGAAAAAUCAAGUAACUGGAGAAAAGCAUCCUCUCAAUGGCCGCCGUUAAGGGAGAAGAAACAGCUAUGGUGGAGGAUGCCAUAUUAGGCUACUUAGCUACACAUGAAGUAAUCGCUGAUUCCGGCCAGUUCGCCUACGAACAUGGGCUCGAUCACAACGAAGUCGUCAAUGUUAUCAAGUCUCUCCAUGGUUUCAGAUUCAUUGACGCUCAAGAUAUAAAGAGGGAAACGUGGGCUCUUACUGAUGAGGGGAAAAAGUAUGCUGAUGAAGGUUCACCUGAAGUGCAACUAUUCUUGGCUGUACCUCCAGAAGGCAGCAUUUGGAUGGACGAAUUGCAGAAAAAGCUUGACCCUUCAGUUUUCAAAAUUGGUUGCUUGCAAGCUGGAAAAAACAAAUGGGUGGAUAUGGGGAAGCAAGUGUCCAGGAAGGUUCAACAUGUGGAAGACAAGGUCAAGAAUCUGCUUAUACAGAUACAAGAUGGACAGACCUCUGUAAGCAUAUAUUCACUUAUAGGAUUAAUUGGACUGUCAAACAGUAAGUUUCUGGGUGGACCUGUGGAUGAGCAAGGGGGUGAUUGGAAGGAGUUAGAGUUCAAAGAGUAUAACUUCAAUGCUAAAGGACCACCUGCUGAAGCUGGCCAUCUUCACCCUCUGCUCAAGGUGAAAGAUCAAUUGAAGAACAUGUUUCUUCGGAUGGGUUUCGAGGAGAUGCCAACUAAUAACUUUGUUGAAAGCAGCUUCUGGAACUUUGAUGCCUUGUUCCAGCCACAACAACACCCUGCUCGUGAUGCCCAUGACACAUUCUUUUUGGAAGCUCCUUCUACUACGAGGAAGUUGCCUGAGGAGUAUGUGGAGUUAGUGAAGCGUGUUCAUGAAGAUGGUGGUUAUGGCUCUAGGGGAUAUGGGUACGAAUGGAAAAGAGAGGAAGCAAACAAAAACUUGCUGCGGACGCAUACAACUGCUGUUUCCACCAGAAUGCUUUAUGCACUGGCAAAGCAACCUUUUGCUCCCAAAAAGUACUUCUCAAUUGAUCGUGUUUUCAGAAAUGAAGCUGUUGACCGAACUCAUCUUGCAGAAUUCCAUCAAAUAGAAGGUUUGGUCUGCGAUCGAGGGCUCACUCUUGGUGACUUGAUUGGUGUUCUACAUGACUUCUUCUCACAACUAGGCAUGUCUAAUCUGCGUUUCAAACCUACGUACAAUCCAUAUACGGAACCUAGCAUGGAGGUAUUCAGUUAUCAUGAAGGCCUGGGGAAAUGGGUUGAAAUUGGGAAUUCUGGCGUGUUCAGACCUGAAAUGUUGCGUCCUAUGGGAUUGCCAGAAGAUGCUAGCGUUAUUGCAUGGGGGCUUUCUCUUGAAAGACCAACCAUGAUACUGUAUGGAAUUAGCAACAUCCGGGAUCUUUUUGGACACAAGGUUGAUCUUAGUCUCAUCAGAAGGAAUCCAAUAUGUCGCAUUGGAAUCAAUUAAAUCAUUGGAUGUUCCUGUCCUUAUACAAUAAAGACAUGUCUUAACAAUUACUAUUAAUUCAUAGAUACAAGCUUAUAUAGAUUAUACGAUAAAGAUGUCUUGAUAAGAUUUUGUUACGGUUGGACCCAAUUGUCCUAGUUGUUUGUCUUUGAAGCAAUAUAUGAGAUGCUACGGU